CAAGAGCUGUCGCGUGUCCUCCCUCUGGCUUUUCUUCUCGCCAGGACCUACGAGGACCAUUCAUUCACGCUUUCCUGGUCUUCAGGUUACACUUGCGGGGGAACUUGGCCAGCCGGCCGCGCGUGUAUGUGUGGACUGCCGCCCUGAGCCCAGCUCGUCGAGAUGUCCUCUCCCCUGGAGACCAGCUUCUCUGACCUUGACAACAGCAGUGAAGUGUCCUUUUGCCUCACAGAUGAUGAAGGCAGCAGCCUACGGGCCCCUUCUUGGGCCUCCUCUGAGCGUGCCCCUUCCUUUGAGCACAGCACUGAGGAGCGGGUCGAGGAAGAAAGAGAAAAGAAGAGGCGCAGGGGCCGGACCAAGGUCAAAAACGAAGCUGUCCUUCAUACCCUCAAGAAGACCAGGCGGGUCAAGGCCAAUGACAGGGAGAGGAACCGCAUGCACAACCUCAACGCUGCCCUGGAUGAGCUCCGAAGUGUCUUGCCAACCUUCCCUGAUGACACCAAGCUAACCAAGAUAGAGACCUUGCGCUUUGCUCAUAACUACAUCUGGGCCCUCUCGGAGACUCUCCGACUGGCGGACCAGUGCCUCCAGAAACCACCCAAAGACAUGCUUCUCCCCAGCUUCUUGAGCUCAACGGACCAGCCGGCCAGCCCUGGCAGUGAUGCUGGCUCCUGGGUCUCCACAGCCUCUCCAGCCGCCUCUUCCAUGUCCACCUGCACUUCCAGCCCUAGCAGCCCAGCCACUUCAGAAGACUAUUGCUGUAGGCACACAGAGAAUCUCUUCUCUUUCUCCAGCCUCCCCAAAGACUUGCUACAGAACUGCUCGUGCUUUGUGCAGUACCAUUAG